AUGGGGCCACCCUGCGCGCCAGCAAGUUAUGUCCGCACCUCUUUGCCUCUCGGAGCCUUUACUGGCGCUGUGAGCAGACCACAGCUGCACAGAAGGGCGAAAACUGGUAUGCGACGCAGAGUGUGGGAGGACGCUGCAGCUUUCUGCAGUGAUCCGCUGGUUUCCUGUGUUGGGACUGCUGCCCUCGUAUCUGGCAUGACCAUCCUCAGAGUAGCCAUGAUGGACGAUGACAAAGACACGCCCAAAGAAUUCCUGAAGCAACGGAGAAGGCUGCGGAAAGGCACUGCCCCGAUUGUUUGCCUCGGGGACAGCAUAACUCGAGGCAAUCUUUCCUCGGAUUGGGUGAGUUCUUUGAGGGAGGAGCUUAAGCAGGGUUUGGUGCUGAAUGCAGGCAUCAACAUGCAAUGCUCUUCAAACAUCCAGCAACGCAUCGGUGAGGUCAUUAAGUGCCAGCCGUCUCACGUCACCGUGCUCGUGGGGACAAACGACCUCAAAGCUGCUCUUUCUCCCGUGGAGGGCUUCAUGUACCGAGUCUUUGGGCAGCUGCCCGAAGUCCCAUCACUGGAGUCUUACGAAAGAACUCUUCGAGACAUCAAAACCCGCUUGAUUGACGCAGGGGCCAAUGUUGCACUCGUCUCACCGCCAGUGCUUGGAGAGGACAUUCACUCAGAGGCCAAUAAGAGGGCGGCGGAGUUUGCGUCAGUUGUGCGCAAAGUGGCACAGUCUGGAGGUGCUUGCACAUACUUGCCUUUGUUUGAAAUGACUUUUGCCUCGCUUCCUGUGGGUGGCCGGCCGUACUGUGGGAUGAACUUCUUUGCGUGGUGCUGCUUGCUAUGCUGGGACAUGCACAUCCUGCAGCGGGACCCCGAAGAGAUCCAGCGUGAGCGGAACUUGGGAGUCACGUUGGACCUGGUCCACCUUGGCCCUCAAGCAGCAAAGCGACUCGCGGACAUGGUUCAUGACUUCAUUCGCACAGAACCACCGACAAUUUCGGCUCCGCAAGUCCUCUCUGGCUUGCGUGCCCUUCCUAUGCUGCUGAUCGUGGUGAAUAGUGACCGUGAAAUGGCCGAUGCCGCGCUGGGGCUCCUAUUCAUCAUAUUCACGGCCUUCAUUGCCCGUGCCGAGCUAGCGGGCGCGGAUAUCUAUCAAAAGUUUGUAGACACUUGGCUAUUUUCAGGUCGGGCUCAGCAGAAUGUUCUAGCAGCUGGCAGCAUUUCCCAAGCAUGUUUGGUUGUUGUUUUGUGGGCAGCUGCCAAGGAGAUAAGCCAGGCUCUGGAAUUCAAUCACACGGAAGCCUCGCUGGAGAGCAUACGAGACUGGCUACAGGAGGACAUUGCUGACUGGGCUCCACCGGGAGAGCUGGCGCUGCGGAGGCACGUUGUCAAGCUGAUUUAUAGCGAAGACGAGGAUGAGCAGGCUACAGCUCUCCGAGUCUAUGGCAAUGUGUGUGAGAUGCAGAUGAUGCUGGGAUCACAUCAUUUUGCAGACGCGGCUGCAGACAUGGACGCCGACCCAGGGACCAGGCCGGUACUGAAUCACAUUAGAUAUGGUACUGAAGAGCAAAAUGCUUACGAGCUGGCCGACGCUGUGAAUCAGAUGGGGAUCCUGGACACACUCUUUUGGCAACUUUGCCUGGCGUUUGACAGUCUCGACAUGGAUCCCAUGUGCUCACCACAGCCAUCCCCAGUCCCAAGCCCAUGGCAAACACCCAUCGGCUCGGAAGACGUCAAGACGACGUUGGCCUCUAGCUUCCUCGAGAAGGAGCCAGAGUCCAGCCAUGCGAAGCCGCCCCAGGCCACCUUAUUCAGCUCUUGGUGUGUACUGGCAAACACCUUGCUGGGGGUUGGCAUCCUGGGUCUUCCUUGGGCCAUUGCAGCUGUCGGUUUAGCACUAGGCAUCUUCAUGCUCCUUGGUGCUGGAGCCUGCGCAGCUCUGGCACUUCACCUCUUGUCUUCGCUCGCUAUGGACCUCGUGGAUGGGCGCAAAGAUGCAAUUGACAUCACCUUCUAUUCUGUUUGCAUAGCCGUGGCCCCUUGUGCAAGACACUGGGUGGAUGUGACCAUUGCCAUCAAAUGUUUUGGUGUUGCGACAAGCUAUUUGCAGGUCAUCGGUCAACUUGGGCCGUCUGUGGUGGGAGACAUGAUGCAGCUGCUGGGCUGGGAUGUGCGCUCCAAGUCAGAGGAUUUGCGUUUGGCCUUGAUUGGCUGUGUUGUCGUUUUCAUCAUUGGCCCGGUCGUCUUCCACAAGACCAUUACCAAGACUGCCCUGAAGAACAUGGUGGCAAUAUUUUCUUGGCUCUAUGUCUCGGCGCUCAUGGCGGGGUACGCUGCAUUGUUUCGCUGCUCACAUCCCACUUGGCAGGUCUCACCUCCGGCAGAUCUCACCUUUGUGCAGUUUGCCUCAGUGCUGCCGGUCUUUAUCUUCAGCUUCACUUGCCACCAGAAUUUGUUCCCAAUCGCCUCGGAACUCAAAGACCGGUCCCUUGAGCGAUUGGACAGAGUUCUGAUUUGUGCUAUAAGCACCGGCCUGGUGAUAUUUGCCGCUGCCGGUUUUAGUGGCUACUUGACGUUUGGUCAGGAAGUGCACGCAAAUUUUUUGGAAGAUUUGCCGCCGAAUGGGCUCAUACUGCUUGGAAAAUGUUUGGUGCUACUAGCUGUUAUCUUUACAUACCCGUUGCAGCUGCAUCCAUGCCGACGUUCACUUAUGAUUUUGGUGCAAUCUAUUCAAGGCAGAGUUCUAAGUCGAAGUGCUGACAGAAUCUGCCGCCGAAUUUUUACAGUGUUAAUACUGGUUGGAACGGUAAUUCUGGCUGUGGUGGUGCAUGAUUUGGGCACCACUUUGGCAUUCGUGGGCACCAUUGGAAGCAACACGGUCGUGCUGAUCAUGCCGGGCUUUCUAUACAUGCCUUGGUUUAUGUGGGUGUCUGCGCUGCUAUUAUUUCUUCUUGGCUGUCUGAUCUUACCCACAUGCUUGGGAGCGCUGAUCUACAAAUUGAUUACUGGUGCAUCCUGA